AUGUUGGAUACAACAAAUGGAGUUGAGGUUUGCUGUGCCAAGAUCCACUUGUUGCUUGCUUCUGAUGACAUCCCAGCUGUGGAUGACAUGGCGCAUAUUGGCUCACAUGCCAGUUUGUUUGGUUGCCAAAUCUGCGAAACAAAGGGAAAACCACCAGACAAUAGAUGGCACGGAAUUGAGCUGUCAGCCUUCUCCAGAUCUUCUUUCUUUGCACUGGAUGAACUUCAUUUAGUUGCAAGAGGAAUCAGAAAGCACAUUUACGACUUGAUCACUGUGUCCCUUACCAAGGAGACAAAAUAUUUUUAUACCCAUCCAGAUGAUACCCUCUCCACCACAGAAUACCCAUUUUUCAUACCAAGAACUAGUCCUGUGACAUUUGGCAACUGUAUCACAAGUUCAAGACCAUAUAUACCAGUAUUAUUCCACGGCAGUUUUGAUAAUGUCUUCUCCAAGAUUGAUGACACUCAUGCAGUAAAUCAGAUUGCCUUUCUUCUGUACAUUGUUCCCACUCUUGUUGUCCCAUUCUUAUCAAACAGGGCUGUGCAAACUGCAGUACAUUUUAAACACUGGCACCGCUAUCUAUUGCAACAAGUCCAGAACAAGACUAUAUCUCGUAGUGUCUUCAGACCAGUACAGCACUAUCUUGUGCAUAUAUCAUUCAUUGUCAAGCAACUAGGUCCACUUCGAUGCUACUCCACUCGAUCAAUGGAAAGAGUAAUUGAUGUCUUUUCCAAGUUAAUCAAGUCUAAGUGCAAGGGCAACCAUAAUGCCAGUUUUCUUGUGGAGCGAUUUACAUUGCAUAACUAUGUCAACACGGCCAUCAGUAUCCAGAACGAAAUUGAUCUUAUUCAGCCCAAGCCGUAUGGUAGAGAAAGUUAUAUGGAUCUUCCUAAUAAUCCUAGUGGUGUGCAGUUUAACCGUAACAUAAUUGUUUACAGCUGGCUCGUUGGUGCAGUGGUAUUCUUCUUUCAGCAUGACAAUUCACUUGGCUCUCUUUAUUUCUUUGCUUUUGUUGAAGUAAUGAAGGAACAUGACGUGGCUGCCCACGACUCAUCCGUACCAAUUGUCAAACAGCAGUCACAAAACAGCUCAACAGGUCGCCAAACACAACCCACAUAUGCAGUAAUAAGUGUCAAUGAUAUUUGUCAUCAAUUUGGCCUUACACAAUACCCACCAAAUGGAAAUCAGUUCUACGUAAUUGCACCUUAUUAUGUUUUCAGCAAUAAUAUGCGUAUUACAAAGGGCAACCUUUCUAUUUUAUAA